AACGAUAGUAAAUUGCAAUGUUUUUUUUUUUAUAGAUGCCUGCACUAUUUCCACUCCAACGAGAAGUUAGAGAGUCACGCGGUAGACUGCGAAAAAUUAAACGACUGUGCCAUCCUGCUACCCAGCGAAGACAAUAAAUGGUUGAGUUUUAGCAAUCACAGCAGGAAGGAGCGAGUUCCCUUUGUGGUGUAUGCCGACCUAGAGUGCACACUGGAGAAGACGGUAAGUGAGAAGGAAGAGGAGGGAUGUACAUCGCACGCGUAUCAGCAUCACAAAGUAUUUAGUAUAGCAUAUUACUUGCGUUGCUCGUACGACGAUUCGGUAUCAUAUUUUCGGAGCCGUCGCGAUACGGAUUGUAUUUCGUGGUUCGUCGAGCAACUAGAAAAGUUAGCACACCGUGUAAAAGAAAAGUUAUCAACCAAUGUCGACAUGGAAACUUUAUCGAAGGAACAGUGGGCGGCAUUUCAUAACGCGACGCAAUGUCACGUGUGCGAGAAGCCAUUUGCGACAAAGGAUACACGCGUAUGCGAUCAUUGUCACUUCACUGGACGGUAUAGAGGUCCCGCGCACUCAAACUGUAAUUUAAAUUACAAAAAUUCAUAUCAUAUUCCAAUAGUUUUUCACAAUUUAUCUGGUUAUGAUUCUCAUUUUAUUAUCAAAGAAAUAGCUAACGCAUUUGAGGGGUCAAUCGAUGUACUACCGAUAACAAAAAAAAAUACAUUCCUUUACAAAGAAAAAUACUUUCCUUUACAAAGAACGUCCAAGAUACAGCAGAUAAAUAUAAAAAUAUUGUAAAAUUGCGUUUC